UGAGGAUUUGGGGUCUGAAAAGCCAAGCUAUACUCGGAAACUCUCCCAAUCCCACAGGAGGAAGAGAGGGAAACUUUUCUCCUGUCACCAGCUAGCAAAGCUAGGCCGGCUACUCUACCCUACUCUUGCUUCCCCUGCGGCCGUCUCUCUCCCCCUCCUCCGUACUCCCCCGCAGUUCCCCCCUCCUUUCCUGCAGGAGGCGGGCAGGUCCAGGCGGAUUAAACACACAGAGCCACAGUCCCGGCCACCUCUCUUCCGCCCUGUCUUGACGGGCCAUUCCCUCUUCCUUGGUCCCUCUCUCUGUCAGCCUCCGCCUUCCUCUUUCCCUCCCCUCCCUUCUUCCUCAGCUACAGCCACCCGACGGGAGCCCGCCAGCUCCUGGAAGAGGCGGCUGGCCGGCGGGACUGACAGCUGGCUCCUGGCGGAGCUUUGCAGGGCGGAGGGGAGUUGGGCUGGGUGUUCGGAGACUGCCCCGCGGAGGGCGCCCUAGGAUCGCGCCGAAGGGGCAUGAAGUUGUUCGCUGGGGAGAACCAGACAACGGGAGGUGCGGGGGAACCCAGAGACGCCUAGGUCUAGAGACUCCUCAGUUCAGUGCGCCAUGCGGCUCCAGGGACCCCGAGGAUCGACGCUGCUACUGCUGCUGAGGAGACUGAUGCUCCUGGGAGUUUUUCUGCUGCCCGCAUCUGGCCAUGUGGAGACUCGAGCCCAUGCUGAGGAAAGACUCCUGAAGAAAUUAUUCUCUGGCUACAACAAGUGGUCACGGCCUGUGGCCAACAUCUCUGAUGUGGUCAUUGUCCGGUUUGGAUUGUCCAUUGCUCAGCUCAUAGACGUGGAUGAAAAGAAUCAAAUGAUGACCACUAAUGUGUGGGUGAAACAGGAAUGGCAAGACUAUAAGCUUCGCUGGGACCCAAUGGACUAUGAAAAUGUGACCUCAAUCCGUAUCCCCUCAGAGCUCAUUUGGAGACCUGACAUUGUUCUCUACAACAAUGCUGAUGGUGAUUUUGCUGUGACCCACCUGACCAAAGCUCAUCUCUUCUAUGAUGGAAGGAUCAAAUGGACACCCCCUGCCAUAUAUAAGAGCUCCUGCAGCAUUGAUGUCACCUUUUUCCCCUUUGAUCAGCAAAAUUGUACCAUGAAGUUUGGUUCCUGGACUUAUGACAAAGCAAAGAUUGACUUGGUGAGCAUGCACAGCCAUGUGGACCAGUUGGAUUACUGGGAGAGUGGCGAGUGGGUCAUCAUCAAUGCUGUUGGAAACUAUAACAUUAAGAAAUAUGAGUGUUGUACUGAAAUUUACCCAGACAUCACCUACUCCUUCAUCAUUCGUAGACUCCCCCUAUUUUACACCAUCAACCUCAUCAUCCCCUGCCUUCUUAUUUCCUGUUUGACCGUCUUGGUUUUCUACUUGCCCUCAGACUGUGGGGAGAAGAUCACAUUGUGCAUUUCUGUGCUGUUAUCCUUGACUGUGUUUUUACUUCUUAUCACUGAGAUUAUCCCAUCCACAUCAUUGGUUAUUCCCCUGAUUGGGGAGUACUUGCUCUUCACUAUGAUCUUUGUGACGUUGUCCAUCAUCAUUACAGUCUUUGUGCUCAAUGUCCACCAUCGCUCACCUCGCACACACACUAUGCCUGCAUGGGUCCGAAGGGUAUUCCUGGAUAUCAUCCCCCGCUUGCUCUUCAUGAAACGUCCUGGUGUGGUGAAGGACAACUGCAGGAAACUGGUUGAGUCCAUGCACAAACUUGCUGGAGGUCCAAGGUUCUGGCCACAGCCGGAGCCCAAUUUUGUUACCUCAUCUUCCACCAGCCCCCAGAGCCCAGACCGGUCACCAUCGGCUUCAUUCUGUGUCCAUCUGGAGGAUCCAGUCAAAUCUCAACCUGUUUGCAAGUCUCCCUCAGGUCAGUAUACUGUGCUGCAGCAUCCCGAACCUGGGAAGCCCAGUCCCUGCUCUUCACCCACUCCCCAACCUCCUCCAAAUAAUACCCAUCCCUCUGGCUUCUCCAAAGUCAGAUCUCUAAGCGUGCAACAAAUGUACAGCUCCAGCAAAGUGGAGGAAGGAGGUAUCCGUUGCAGGUCAAGGAGCAUUCAGUAUUGUUCUCUCCAAGAGGAUUCUUCCCAGGCAAACAAUGGACAGUCUGCCAGCUCCCCUGCCUCUUUGAGGAGCAACAAAGAUGAAGUCCAGCCCCAGGAGAAGCCCUCCCCAUGCAAGUGUCAAUGCAAGAAAGUCAAAGCUGUACCUGUCUCAGAUCCAGUGACCAAACCACGUAGUACCAAAGAACAGCAUGCCCUGCCCAUGUCACCAGCCUUGAAACUUGCAGUAGAGGGAGUCCAAUAUAUUGCAGACCAUUUGAAGGCAGAAGACACGGAUUUUUCGGUGAAAGAAGACUGGAAGUACGUUGCCAUGGUCAUAGACAGGAUCUUUCUGUGGAUGUUUGUCAUUGUCUGCUUAUUAGGAACCGUGGGACUCUUCCUCCCACCCUGGCUGGCUGGAAUGAUCUAAUAGAAUGAGAAAACAUUUAGAAUACAUUUGGAAUUUUCAUCUACCUGGAGGGAGAGAGUGAGAUGGAAACUCUCUCUAUGAAUUAUUCAUCACAUAUCUGCGCAUGACUCAUUAUUGAGAGCUCUGAAAAUCUUCAGAGAUCACAUCAUCUCCCAAGUUAUCCCCAUUUUCCAUAUCCAUUUUGAAGCAGUCUUGGAAAUAGUCAGUGACUAGCCUAUUUGUCUGGAGGAGAAGAUCUUGGUUUGUACUGAUUCCGUUCAUACCCCCAACUAAUCUUACCUCCUUGGCUAGUAAAAAGUAUGUGGAGUGUGGAUGCUUUUAUCUUUAUUUGCAAGACAUUUUAAUGGAAAAAAAUCUUAUUAAAGAUCAUCUUCAGCAUGAUGGUCAUCAUCAAUAUCCCAGUAUAUGAAUAGAUAUUGUUGCAAGUUGUGGGCAAAGACAUGACCCUUAAAUAGAACAGAUAUAUUAUGGCCUUCAACCCAUGACACUGAAACUCAAUGUACAUUGAAGACCUCAUUGGAGAAUAGUGACAAGAUGAUUUGAUUGUAUGUCUUUAUCUAAGUCAUUCUGUCAGUAAAUAAACUCUCUACUGGUCUUUUGGGAUAUAGUAUGGGGUCAACUGUGAAGUGAAGAAGAGUAAAAAAGCUUCAACAUGACUUAGGGCUGUUCAGUGGCAUAGACUAAAUUUUAAUAUGUUUAGCUUCUGCUAAGAAGCUGCUGAAGUGAGUCGGGUGUCCCAGGUCCAAUAAAUCCUUGAUUCUAUCCCUUAGCAUAUAAGUGACUCCAAGGACUUAUCUGUCAGAUGAAGGGGGACUAUUGUGUAAAACAAACCUCAAUCUGAAGAAAAAAAUGUUAGAGAUUUCACCUAUUUCUUGUUUAAAUCUGGUCCUUGUUGGGUCUAAGAGGUCCUGAAAGGUGAUGUAGAUGCUAUAUCUAAACUAUCAAAUUAAGGGACCCCUUUCCCUCCAUCAUCCCUCUACUUGGCCUAGAGCUUAUGUCUGUUUCUUUUACAUCCUGAAGGAACCCAGCCUCCAAAAAGGCAGAAGGCAUAUUAUCUACUUUUUUAAUCUUCCCCAGCACUGCUGUGCAUAGUUCUUCAUACAUGCAAAUAUAAUCUGUAAUUUCCUCAACAUAAGGAAACAGAUUGUGAUCUGUAUUAUAGUAAGUUCUAGGAUUUUGCCUGAAGCACAUAGACAUUAAAUGACCUGCUCAAGCUUACAAAGAAGGGAUUUGAGUCCAGGUUUACUCCAAGUUCUACAUUUUACCUGCUACACUAUGCCAUCUACAGUAAGGUCUUAAUAAAGGUUUGUCUAAAAAAUGGCUUUCCCAAAUUAUAGAUCCUUCAGGAUGGACGAUAUUCUUUUCUCUAUGAAUAAUAAAUUAAAUAUUGCUUCACGUUUAUAGAAACUAUUGAGGAUUUGGUAUAUUAGGUAACAGAAGCUAACCAAAUAAAGGAAAGAUCUGAAGCAAAGAUUUCAUACUUCAUCAAGAAUAAAUCUCAACUACUUAUAAAUGACAUACCCUCUGGCACUGUUCUUCAUGGUACUAUUUGAGUAAAGUCAACACCAUUGGUAUAACUUUUCUUGGUUACUCAGUAAAGUCUACAAAAAUGCUCAUUUUCUGAAUAAGUAAGCCAAAAUUUUCUUGACACAUUUCAUGGGAAAAAAAAUCUAAAAUGGUCUCUUGAGAGUUGGAUAGAGACCUUGGUCUUGGCUCCAUAUAAGUCAGUUGUGUUAUUAUAACUUAUUGGGGCACAAAAAAUUGUCAUGAAAAUAGCAAGAAGUUUAUGGAAAUCAUUAUUGUCUGAGGGUUUAAGAUUAGGUUAAUCCUAACCUGCCCACUUAUGGGGAUACCUAAGAAAGGAUUCUUGUUUGGUUAUGGGUUAUACCAGAUAAUCUCUAAGGCCCCUUCCAACUGAGAUUGUGUGCUUCUAUGACUUUUCUGUAGCAAUAAUAGUUUAAGAGACAAGAAGAAAAUUGAGAUCAGAAUAGAUUAAAGUUAUAACCAAAUAAACAUUUAUUAAGCACAUAGUAAAUUAAAGGACCUAUUUUCAAUGAAUGCUAAGGAUAAAAAGAAUAAAAACUGCACUACACAAUUCUUGCCUUCAAGGAACUUAUAAUUUAAUAAAAGGUAUAAGAGGUAAUUAAGACAAGGCAGAAUGUGGUAGGAUAGACAGAGACAGAGAAAUGAAAGUGAAACAGACAAAGAGAGAAAGUAUAUCAUAAAAGACAAAAGUGUCUAAAAGGAAAAGUCCAAAGAUAGUGAUUGUUUAAAAAAAAAAGCAUAAAACAUUGGAUUUUGUAAUUGGGACACGAUAGAUGAUCUAGGAGAGAAUGAUAGGAUGGUGUCUGUGGAAGGCGCAGCUAGAUGAUGCUGGACCUGGAGUCAGGGAGACUCAUCUUUCUGAGUUCAAAUCUGGCCUCAGACAUUUACUAGCUGUGUGACCCUGAGCAAAUCAUUAAUCCUGUUUGCCUCAGUUUCCUCAUCUAUAAAAUGAGCUGGAGAAGAAAAUGACAAACCACUCCAGUAUCUUUGCUAAAGAAAACUCUAAAUGGUGUCAUUGAAAGUUGGACACAACUGAAAAAUGACAACAGUAACCAAAACAGUGACAACAGUGGAAGAGUUACUGGAGUGGUUUGGAGGAUUAUGGAAUGUGUAUUAUUAAAUUUCUGAUAAAUGUUUUUAUAAUUCUUAUUCCCUUUUAUUUAUAUAUGGUGAUUAUAUAGUGAUUACAUAGUGAUCUUAGAGUUAUGGAAGGAAAGGAACAUAUGACUGAGAAGAAAAAAAUACGUAAGAACUUGGUGGGAAAGUGUUGAGAGAUCAUGACUUUAAGGUGAACCAACUUCCUGAGGACUUUAAUCCAAAUCUCCCUUGCAUAGGAAGCAAGUGAUAACUAUUUUUUUUUUUUCCUGAGGCAAUUGGGGUUAAGUGACGUGCCGAGGGUCACAUAGUGAGGGAGUGCUUAGUGUCUGAGAUCAAAUUUGAAUCCAGGUCCUCCUGACUUCAGGGCUGGUGCUCUCUCCACUGCGCCACCUCGCUGCCACCUAGCUGCCCCCUAGUGAUAACUAUUCUUAAAGAGAAUGAAAUAAAGCAUCUGCAAUUUCCCUGUGUCAUGUCCUUCUUGGGAUAGACAAUGAGAUUGAAAUCAUAUAGGAAAAAGGGAAAUUAUCCAGAGUCCUUCCUACCUCUGGAAGUCAGUCUUCAAAUGCUUAAUGGGAAAAUUUAUCCACACUGAUUCCAGGCAUAGCUGGCCUAUUUUUUUCUAACAGGGACUUGCUACGAAUAUGAAUGGAACACACGCCAAGAAUUUUCAGCAGCCCCAUUUCCUGGCAAGUUAAGGGGCACAAAAAUCAUCCUUACCGUAUAUCCCUCCUAAAUGACCUGACAUGGUCCCAUCAUUAGAACAGGAGGGCAAGAGCAUUAUCUUCAGAUAUUGCCUUGGUUGAAGCACUCUUCCAUUAGCAUUUGAGCUGAUCAGAUUAGCUAAAAUUUAUCUUGGGAGGGGCUGACUUAUCUAGUGGUAGGAGGAGAGAAUACAGUGUAAAUAUUUAUGGCAUAAGAGAAAGUGGAUAAGGUAGUUGGGCUCAGAUGGGGGUAGUGUCACAAAAGGAAGGGAAAAUGGAAUAUUUGUUGACUUUGAGCAAAGAGUCGUCUCCAUGGAAUUCUUCCAUUCAAGCACAUUUGACAGACAGAAAGGAAUCCAAACCAAUACUACUACUAUCAUUUCAUUAUUAUCACCAGCAUGAAUUACUGAAUAAUUUUUAUAAGUACAACCCUGUGGAUGACUCUUAAGUUAACCUGAUACAAAAGAACUCAGACUGAUAAAUGAAGAAAUAAGGCCAAGAUCAGGGGAAAGGCAAAUUCUUGGAUUUUUACAUCAAAGUUUACAUCAAAAACCUGUAGUCCAUGUCCUACCAAGGAAUUCCAUGGAAAGAUUUCAAUGAGUCUGUGAACUUAGAUAGGAAAAUAUUAUAUCUGCUUCACUAACCUUUGACCUGAAAUUUGAUAUUUCCUUCAAUUAUGAAUAUAGGGAUCAAACCAUCAUUUUGAAAUGAGGCCCAUAGGCUUUACCAGACUGUCUGAGGGAUUCAUGAAACAAAAACAAAAUUAAUAACUUCUGCUGCAAAUAAUUAAUUCCCUUAUUGGGUGUAAAAUAGGAUUUGAUUUGCUAAAAUUCCAUCUGCAAUCAUGUUUUUCAGGAUCAUAUCUAACUGUUAGUUGAGGAUCGUUUAUUCUCAAAAUUUUAGAAAAGUAAGAAUAAUCACUGACCUCAAGAAUGUUAUGUCUUAUAUAUCUAACAUAUAUAUGUUAUAAGUUAUAUGACAUUCUGCUCUAUAUUGGGAGAAGAGGUAUGGGGAUGAGUGACUGAGAUCCACCACACAGAGACCAGAAGCACUUAUGCAAUCCAGGAAUGAGAGAAGUUAAGAGGCUAGAUUUCAGGGACUUAAGUCCCACAAUCCUGUUUACAUAAUGCAAUCCAACUUGCCAGAUGUAUGCAGCAGCUGAGUCUACUGAACAGACCCCUGUACUUUAUUGAGGUUGUUCCUUUGGGAAGCAGAAAAAAAAAGUUUCAGAUUGCCUUGGCAUUACUGCUCCUGGCUGGCAGCUCCUGCUCACUCAUCUAUUGCUCUGAUUCAAUUGGAAGCUGGUACAAGGAGCAAGAGAAUGUCUAGUGCUCCUCUUUUGAUUGAGUCUUUUCCUAUUCCAAGGCCAUUGAAAUCUCAUCUUAUGUUUGAUAUCUAAUGUGUUCUUUGUAAUAACCAUUUUUGCCAUAGGCUAAUUGCUUCCAAGAAUGGGAAAAGAAUGAAAUUAUUUCUUCACCAUCUCCUUUGCCCUGGAUUCAUUUCCAAGGGAAAUCUUGAAAGAUAGUCUUGGCAUUCUGCUGUCAUCCAUUAGGAGCUGGCUCAGGGUUUUGGGCUGACAUUAUCUUUGCCUUCAGUCCUAUAAGGUCAGAUUUCUUCCUCUCACAGGCGUAGAGCAAGCUCUUUUGGAUGAAGGGGAGGGUCAGAGUGCUAUAUUUUAUAGGAAGAACAGUAACAAAUUAGAGAAUUGCUGAGGGAAAGGGGGCUAUGAUGUUGAUAAGAUUAUAGAUCAUUUCCAUAAGAGGGGAAAUGACUGGAAAUGUUUUUCCCAAAGAAAAGAAGACUUUCUGCAGGACAUGAACGUUUUUCCCCAAGCUGUCAACUCAUUUUGCUUUAUUUCAGAGGGAAAAACUAAAAGCUGCAAAGAGGUUAAGUUUGCAAAAGUAGAAUGACAUUUCUUAAGAAGUAGUGAGUUCCACAAGGUCUUGCAAGGGUCAUUGUUGAAAAAUUAUCCAGGCAUAUGUUUUGAAAAUAAAAAGCUUUAAUAAAGAAAAAAUAAAAAGAA